AUGUACGAUUGUAAUUCGUAUUCUCUUGUUACAAAUCUGCCCGAGAAAAUUGCUGAACCGAUUUAUAUCUCACAACCGCAGAGUGGUGCUUCUUCUGGAUGGACUAACAAUAUAGAAGCUGUGGCAGGAAUGAAUGUUGAUAUAAAUAAUCAACAACAGCAACAAUCGAUAGUGAUGCUAAUGGAGCAAAUGAAUCAGCAGAAAGAUUUCGAGCAGUCACCAUCCAGUUCUCCGACUGACGUCACAGAAUCCAUGAAGGGAAACGCAAAGAAAGGGAAACGCAAUAGAACAGCUUACACCAGCGAACAACUGAUGACACUGGAAAGAGCAUUCAGCGGCAGUCGCUAUCUUUCUCGAUCACGACGAAUUGAAAUAGCAAAGAGCCUUCAUUUGAAUGAACGCCAAGUGAAAGUAUGGUUUCAAAAUCGGCGGAUGAAGCACAAGAAGGAAGAACAGGAGGAAUGCAAAUAUUUUGGAAAGGUCAAAAAUCUCAAGAGUAUGUCACCUCAAGGCACUGAGAUUGUGUAUCAAACAGUAACAAAUGUUCCUCCGACGUAUGUACAGAAUCUUCCUCCUCCGCCUCCAUAUCCUUUUCCUCCUCAAUGUUCUAACAACGUAUUGUCGAACAACAUCCCGGCAAUGUCUAAUUACAAAGAACAUUGUUACGACAAUAUUCAGAACACGGUAAAAGAUUGUUAUACCAAUACACAAUUAUCUUGUAAUAAUUCUCUUCAAGAUAAUUUUCUGCAAACUAAUCAAAUCUAUCAGGAGCAACCGAAAAAUCAACAGCAAUUGAUCUACUCGAAUCAAAAUCAGACGGACCAUUCGUAUCAGCAGCAAGCGAACUACAACAACCAGCAACAAAAAAACUGUUUAUAUCAGUUGGGAGAAAACUCUUCUGAGUGUGCUUCUUAUGUCUCUGAUUUAUCGGAAUACAAAACUGGUCAAAAUCAGUACAACAACGUUACCAACAACAAUGCCGAAACUAUUAAAGAUAUAACUUCUUACGACCUAACGCAAAAUAAUUCUUAUGACAAUCUGAUAGCAAGCCUGUUGAGUGAUCCGACAUUUCAAGAUCACGAAGAUCUGACUGAAAUUUUAGAAUUGUAA